UUAAUGUGUCCUGGAACGACGUAAGACAAACAACAUCCGUGUGCGUGAGACUUCCUCCUGUGAUGAAGGAAACUUUCUGCCAGCUGUGAGAGAAAUCAUUAUUUGGGGAUUUCUUUGAAGAUAUUCCAACCAAGGAGCACAACACAGAGUUCUCUGCUGGAAAAGACACAGCAUGCACACAGACGUAAGUGUGUUUUAUUUGCGUUCGAUCAGCUGUGUGUAUCUCAACAGCAGCAGGUCAGUAUUGAUCUCUAUUGUUAUUCAGCUAUUAGCUUUUUUAACCAAGCCUUUAUUUAAUGUACAUAUACUUAUUGCAGCACCUGCCCUUGGUAAAUACACCUUCACACUUCCUCACAAAAUAUUCAGGCCUAAAUUCAAGAUUUAUGUAUUUGAAUUGCAUAUAAAAUCCAUCCGGUUUUAUCGUAAACUAAUAAACUUAAUGCGAUGCAUAUUUGGCAGUCGUACAUAUAAAUGAAACUGCUCAGAUUUCUGUAAUGGUGCUAAUAAACUGAACACUAGUCAUAUUUUAACCAUGUUCAUAUAUACAUUUUAAUAUUAGUGAAAAUAUUUAUGCUGAUUUUAAGCAAUUUAUAUAAGUGCAUUUUGAAAAUGUUUUUUUUAUUUAUUUUGAAUGCAGAAAUCUUAACUCUUUCAUUUAUGUACAACUGACUAAUAUGUACCACAUUACGUUUCUUAGUGUAUGUUAGAUGGAAUUUCAAAGUGGAUACUAAUUUUAUAUGCAAUUUAAAUACAUUACUCUUAAAUUUAGGCCUAAAUGUUUUUGGAGCGUGAUGGAGAGAACAAAACGAUGCUUAAAUGCUCUCGUGAUGUGUCUUAUUACAUAUCUGAAAAAGUAAGAAGAAAAGUCCAGUUUUGAUCAUAAUGACUGAAACCCACGAUCCUGAUGUACAGGAGCCGCUGAGAGACGUCAGUCCACGACAGGUGAAGGUGAUUCAUUUCUCUAGUGGAGAGACUCUGACCGAGGAAGACAGUGAGGAAGAGGAGGCACAACAUCAGCUUCAUCAAGCACCCAGUGUUUCUGACCCGGGAACCUGGACGUGGUUUUGGGGAACACAGAUUUUGAGAAAGUCCUUGCUAUUUUGUGAUUUUCUUGGGGAGAAAAUGGCUGGUUUGCUGGGUCUGAAUGCUGCCAAAUAUCAGUAUGCUGUUGAUCAGUAUCAAAGAGAACAUAAGAAUGAAACGGAAGGAGAAGUUUUGUCCGCAAGCACCAGUGUGAAUGAUGAGGAGAGAAUUAACCUGUCAAACAUUGCGAGAAAACAGUAUGGAGCCGCAAAUAUGCAGGACCUGACACAACAACAAACCCUGGAAGAAACGCUUCGAUAUCAAGGGGAGCAGAACGAAGGCUACAACUCUAAUGAAUAAUGGAUCUAGAAGAUCUAAAAAAAUAAAAUAAAAAGUGAAUUGUGAUUUUUUUUUUUUUUUUUUUUUUUUCCUGUUUAAUUUAUGGCCAUCACACGAAGCAUUGAAGGUAUUUAAAUUCUGAUACACAAAUUAAAAAAAUAUAAAAACUUUGGUUCCUCCAUGUCCAAAAUUAUCAUUUUAGGCCGCUUACUACAUUUCCCGGCUUGCACCUCGGUAAUGCAACGU